AUGCUUAUAAAAGCAUCUCCACCACCAAGCUCUGCCACUUACCACCACCCUCCACAACCACCCAAACAGCUCCUCUCCCAUCGAUUUGAAACCCCAUCUGCGGUGACCAUGUCGAACGCCGGCAGAACCCUUCCCCAGGAUCUCAUCACAGACAAUAUACUCUCUCGACUAUCCGUCAAAUCUCUUUGCCGCUUCAAGUGUGUUUCUCCCUUAUGGAAAUCCAUCAUCUCCGACCCCCGUUUCGCCAAAACCCACCCCAAUCGAACCAAGACCAAAAACUCUAAUUAUCCUGAACAAAAAAUCAUUUUCAUUUUCCCUCCUGGCUAUCUCACCUCGAUGGAUUACAACGAUGUAAAUCCGACCUUCACGAAACUUGAGUUUCCCACCGAGGAACAACACGACGCCAAGAUUGUGUUGUGGCUCCGGGUUUUGAGUUCUUGCGAUGGUUUGCUUCUAGUUUACCGCUGUUACAAAUCCAUAUUCUUGUUGAAUCCAUCAACUAGAGAAUUGAAGAAACCGCCCGUAUGUCUAUUUGUCCAAAAUUCGAAUAUGCAUGUUGUGUACGGUGUGGGUUACGACUCAUCGACAGAUGAUUACAAGGUUGUGAUGCUCUCAUCCUCAUAUUACGAUCAGAGUGGCACUACGAGCGUGGCUAUGUAUUCACUAAAAACAAAUGCUUGGAGGAGAAGUGAAGAUUUCCAGGGUAUUGUGAGAAACUCUGGUGGGGUUUUCUUAAAUGGAUGCCUCCAUUUCCUUAGUUGGAACGGGAAUGUUUUCAAUAGGUUUAUUACUGCUUUCGAUUUAUCAGGUGAGAUUUUCAAGGAAAUACCGCUGCCUACUUCGUUAGUUACAUGCGAGUAUAGGUAUGAUGACUACUAUGAUCUGUUGGUUCUUGGAGGUUCUCUUUGUUUGGUUAGUGCGAAGGAAAAUAAGGUUUGCAUGAUGAAGGAGUACGGGGUAAGAGAGUCUUGGACUGAAUUCACGAUGUGUUCUGAUUCUUCUGAAUUGUUCUUAUUGGAUGGGGUGAGUAUGUUGGCGGAAGACGAAUUUUUGUUGUUUCACGUGAAUUGCGUCUAUGGAGAGAAGCAAUUGGUUGUGUAUUUGCAAUUGGUUGUGUACAAUCCACAAAAAUUAACAAAGCGGGACAUAGCGAUUUGCGGCAUUCCAUGCGCUACAGUUAGAUAUGGGGGCACCUAUGUCGAGAGCCUCGUCUCUCCUUUUCAUGCAGGAGGAAUUGGGAGGAAAUUAUGA